AUGAAUAAAUCUUGUUUCAGAAAUUCAGCAAGUCCGAGAAAGCCAAAUGUCAGCUUUUCAAUUGAGGUCCAAGAAUCCAGGAAUUAGAAUAAGCUGAGGACUCGCAGCAGCAUCAGCAGUGAGAGAGAUUUGCAGAAUCUAGCAAGAAACAAAUGGAGAUAUUUGAUUAUUCAGUAACAAAGAGAUCUUCGAUACAAUUAAAUGAGGAUUACAGAAAAACAGCAAUGUUGCUCUGUCUUUUGA